GUAGAUUUGGAACAACUGAGUGGCGAAGUGGGUGGAUGUUGGUCAUAAGUUAGUUGUUGGUUUGCUUUUUGGGGUUGUUGAUUGUUUGUUUUUGGGUUUUUUUUCCCCGUGUGACAAUAAUGGCAUCAGGUACAGAUGCCCCGGAGUCGUGGUACCUGGCCCUUCUUGGCUUUGCGGAGCAUUUUCGCACGUCAAGUCCGCCGAGGAUCCGACUGUGCGUCCAUUGUCUGGAGGCUGUGUUUCAGUUCAAGCCUCCUCAGAGCACAGAGGCCCGGACUCAUCUGCAGCUCGGCUCGGUUCUGUACCACCACACCAAGAACACCCAGCUGGCCCGGAGCCACUUGGAGAAAGCGUGGUUCAUCUCUCAACAAAUACCCCAAUUUGAGGAUGUCAAAUUUGAAGCAGCAAGUCUUCUGUCAGAACUCUACUGCCAACAGGACUUGGUGGACUCGGCAAAGCCACUGCUGCGGAAGGCCAUUCAGAUCUCUCAGCAAACUCCCUACUGGCAUUGCAGACUACUGUUUCAGCUGGCGCAACUACACACACUAGAGAAAGAUCUGGUCUCUGCGUGUGACCUCCUAGGGGUGGGAGCAGAAUACGCUAGGGUCGUAGGAUCAGAAUACACCAGAGCUCUGUUUUUAUUAAGUAAAGGACUGCUGCUGCUGAUGGAGCAGAAGCUUAGUGAGGUUCAUGCUUUGCUGACACUGUGCGGGACCAUUGUGGAGAAUUGGCAGGGGAACCCUAUCCAGAAAGAGUCUCUCAAGGUCUUCUUCCUGGUGCUGCAGGUUACACACUACCUGGAUGCCGGACAGGUAAAAAGUGUGAAGCCAUGUCUGAAGCAGCUGCAGCAGUGUAUCCAAACCAUCUCUACUCUCCAUGAUGAUGAGAUCCUACCCAGCAACCCAGCUGAUCUCUUUCACUGGCUGCCCAAGGAACACAUGUGUGUGCUUGUGUACCUGGUGACUGUGAUGCACUCCAUGCAAGCAGGCUACUUGGAGAAAGCGCAGAAAUACACAGACAAAGCACUCAUGCAGUUGGAGAAGCUGAAAAUGCUGGACAGCAGUACCAUCCUGUCCACUUUCCAAGUCAUUCUGCUGGAGCAUAUAAUCAUGUGCCGCCUCGUCACAGGGCACAAGGCCACAGCCUUGCAAGAGAUUUCCCAGGUAUGUCAGCUUUGCCAACAGUCCCCCAGGUUGUUCACCAACCACGCUGCCCAGCUUCACACCCUACUGGGACUCUAUUGCAUCUCGGUGAACUGCAUGGAUAAUGCUGAAGCACAGUUCACCGCUGCUCUUCAAAUGACAACGCACCAGGAGCUUUGGACUUUUAUUGUGACCAACCUUGCAAGUGUAUACAUCCGGGAAGGCAACAGACAGCAUGAGCUGUAUAGCCUUCUGGAGAGGAUCAACCCCGAUCAAAACUUUCCUGUUAGCUCCCAUUGUCUGCGAGCCGCAGCUUUCUAUAUCAGAGGGCUCUCUUCUUUCUUCCAGGGACGUUACAAUGAGGCCAAAAGGUUUCUCAGGGAGACCCUGAAAAUGUCGAAUGCAGAAGAUUUGAAUAGGCUGACCGCCUGUUCUCUCGUUUUACUGGGCCAUAUCUUCUUUGUCCUGGGUAACCACAGGGAAAGUAACAAUAUGGUGGUUCCUGCCAUGCAACUGGCCAGCAAAAUCCCAGACAUGUCCGUCCAGCUCUGGUCCUCUGCCCUUCUCAAAGAUCUGAGCAAGGCAUGUGGUAACAAUAUAGAGGCCCAUGAGGCCGCCCAAAUGCACCAGAACUUUUCCCAGCAACUUCUGCAGGACCACAUCGCUGCCUGCAGCCUCCCUGAACACAACCUCAUUAGUUGGACAGACGGCCUUCCCCCGGUGCAGCUCCAGCCUCAAAAUGGACCUACAACCAGCCUGGGUAGUCUCCUCUGAGAACAGAAAGAGAGGGAAAAGAUAAGAAGGAAAAGCAUGAAACAGGUUAAGGGAAUUGUUAACUGAGUGGGGUGCAGGACUGUAACGUUGGGUGAGCUCAUAUUCAUCAAGGUUUAUUGAGCAGAUACAGUUGGUGCUUGCUUUUUUAUCGAUAAUGGCGCUGGAGCAACCAAAUUGGGCGUAGCAGAUUUUCUUAAACAGGAUUCAAUAACUUUAGCGAUGUUUAUGCUAGUCUGACUCAACCAAGUGGGUGAAACUGAAAUUAAAUUGGCUUACCACCCUUCUCACCUCAUCUCCCUACAUCUGUGCUUUACUAUUCCCCAUGAGGGCGCUAUAGCAAGGUCAUUCUAAGCUUGCAAGACC